AUGAGUGACGUAGGGGUGGAACAAUUACUCGAGCGGCUAAUGUUAAUGCUGGCAGAUCGCCAGUCGUCUCAGGCCACUUCUGUCAGUACGCCGUCACUUGACAGCCUCACCAACAGUAUCUCAGAGUUUUCCUAUGAUCCGGAAAAUGGCGCAACGUUUGAGUCCUGGCAUUGGCAUUUCGAAGACCUGUUCCGAGUUCAUCUCGCUUAA